ACAUGAUGACUAAAGUUCAUCUCAGUGCUGUAACUUUAAUAACUCUCCAGGACUCACGUCUGUCUGACACACAACAACACUGGGAUUUUAUUUAGAUUGUUCUGAAAUAUCAGGCUGUUAAACCAACCAACACAAGGUAAUAUCAUCAAGACGGUGAACUUUACAUUCAGCUUCAUUUACAUUUCAAUGUGUCCGUUUAAGAGAUGAAUUUGUUAAAAGUGAAAGUAACUUUCAGAUCUCAUACCAGGACAGGGAGUGACACCGUGUGAGAAAAUGGCUUCUAGUUUGUCUCUCCCAGAGGAGGAUUUCUCCUGUACGGUGUGCCUUGACAUCUUUAAGGAUCCUGUCAUCUUGUCAUGCAGCCACAGCUUCUGCCAAGCCUGUCUAAAGGAAUGCUGGAAAGAUAAGGAAUCUCGGGAAUGUCCACUUUGCAGGGGAAGAUCGUCUAAGGAUCAGCCCCUUAUAAACCUUUCUCUAAAGAACCUGUGUGAGGCCUUAUGGGAAAGGAGACAGACAGAUCCAACCACAGGGUCCAAGGUGCUCUGCAGUCUACACAGUGAGAAACUCAGUCUGUUCUGUCUGGAGGAUAAAGAGCCCAUCUGUUUGGUGUGUCAGGUCUCAAGGAAACAUAAAGAUCAUGACUGUAUCCCUGUAGAUGAGGCUGUUCAGGAUCACAAGGAGGAACUCCAGACUGACCUGAAGCCCUUACAGGAGAAGCUGAAGGUCUUUAAUAAAGUUAAACAAACCUGUGAUCAAACAGCAGUGCACAUUAAGAGCCAGGCCCAGCACACAGAGAAGCAGAUUAAGAAGGAGUUUGAGAAACUUCACCAGUUUCUACGAGAAGAAGAGGAGGCCAGGAUAGCUGCUCUGAAAGAGGAAGAGAAGCAGAAGAAUCAGAAGAUGAAGGAGAAGACUGAGCAGAUGAACAGAGCGAUAUCAUCACUUUCAGACAAAAUCAGAGCCAUAGAGGGGGAGCUGAAAGAUGAAGACAUCUCAUUCCUGCAGAACUUCAAGACCAUGAAGGAAAGAGCCCAGUGCACAAUGCCAGAUCCACAGCUGGUGUCAGGGGGGCUGAUAGAUGUGGCCAAACACCUGGGAAACCUGAAGUUCAGAGUCUGGGAGAAGAUGAAGGAGAUCAUCAAACACACUCCUGUGAUUCUGGAUCCCAACACUGCAUCCUCCUGGCUCUGUCUGUCUGAUGAUCUGACCAGUGUGACUAACUGGCCCAAAGCAGCAGCUCCUGACAACCCAGAGAGAUUCAUGAAGUAUGCAGAUAUUAUUGGCUCUAAGGGGUUCAGCUCAGGUAAACACAGCUGGGAGGUGGAGGUGGGGGACCAUCCUGACUGGAUUAUGGGCGUGGCUAAAGAGUCAGUUGACAGGAAGGGGAAGGUGAGUUCAUCACCAGAGUAUGGAAUCUGGUCUCUACUGCUGAAUAGUGGUAAGUAUAGUAAUGGAAAGGGAGAGACCCUCCUGAAGAAGAAACCCCAGAGGAUCAGAGUGCAGCUGGACUACGACCAGGGGGAGGUGUCCUUCUACGACUCCAAAGACAUGACACUCAUCUACACUCAUAAAGACACAUUCACUGAGACUCUCUACCUGUACUUCUCUAUUGGAUCAGCUGGUGAUGCCAAAAGCACAGGUGUUCAGAUCUGCCAAUCAGAGGUGUCAGCCCAUGUCAGUUAAACAUGUUGUAUUGGUUAAUUAGUCUAGUUAAUCUAGCCAGCUAUCUAAACUAGUCAUCAUGACUGAAUUACUAACCGUGCAUGCAGGGUACGUGCCCAGGGGCCCUGACCUCCAGGGAGACCCAAUUUAUUAUGUUCUAUAGAAUUGCAUGAAAUGAUGUGUAAAACUACAAAAUAAUUGUUCUGUAAUGCAAACUCAUAUGUUUACUUUUUGUGAAUAAAACUCUUGUUCUGCAAACAGA